AUUAUGACCUUUUCGUGGAGCUGACAGCAUGGAUGCAGCAAGUCAUCAGUAUUCCGAAUAAGUGUAAUCUACCAAACAAAGCUCUUUGAUUUCAGAACAGUUGUACUAUGAGGUUCCUAAACACGCAUCUCGUGAACAUUCUCAGGAGGCAGUGCAUUAAACAGACACCAGUCCUCGCGCAGAGGGAGCGGAGCUGGCUGAUGAUGCACUGCCUCAAAUCCCUGCUGUUGCCUUCUUCACUUCCCUGCCGUGCUCUGUCCACAGCCCAUUGUUUGAGGAAAGAAACCUCCCAGCCAAGCACUGAGAAACUGGACCUGGAUCUCUGGAAAUCAGUGAUGAAGUCUGGAGGCAACAGCGCAGCAGUGACAGAAGCAGAGGAAACCGUGGAAGCCUCCCCUCUGGGUGCAAUGCGGGAGCUGGUGGAGAUGUGGCGACAGGCUGGCAAGCUGGUCCCAGAAAACAUGACGAAGGAGGAGCUGCAGACUCUGGAGGAACUGUCUACCAAGUCAUCCAGAAAGAAGUACCUGAAGUACCUUGCCCUCAAAGAGGGCCACAAGAAGGCACGCAAAAAGAAGCAGGAGAAAAAGAAGCAGGAGAGAGCAGAGGAUGCUAAGGGUAGUGGGGAGGAUGAGGAAGAGGAGGGAAGCCGCAUGAAGAACACCUUCCUUCUCCAGUUCUGGCAGCGCUCCAUAGACACCCUCUACAGCUGGAGGGCGGCCCAGGCCAUGCAGUUCGGACAAUCUCUGGUGUUCGACAUGAGCUACGACCGCUAUAUGACCCGCAGAGAGAUCGAGAACACAGUCUCCCAGCUCAUGGAGUGCGAAGGCUGGAACCGGAGGGCCCUGGACCCUUUCCACCUCCACUUCUGCAACUUGAAGGUGGAGGCCGCCUAUCACAAGGAACUUAUCAAACGCUACAGCGGGGCCUGGGACAGACUGCUUGUGAGCGUCACAGACCAGCCACACCAGGAAGUGUUUCCUAGGGAAAAGCUGGUCUACCUGACAGCAGACUCGCCCCACGUGCUAAAGACUUUCGACCAUGAUAAGGUCUACAUUGUAGGCGCUAUGGUGGAUAAGUCCAUCCAGACUGGCCUUUCCCUGGCUAAUGCUAAGCGGCUCAAUCUAGCCACUGCCCGGCUCCCAUUGGACGAGUACCUACACUGGGAUUCGGGGGCCAAAAAUCUGACCCUGGACCAGGUGAUUCGUAUUCUACUGACGAUCAAAGACACCGGAAGCUGGGAGAAGGCUCUGCGCUUUGUUCCCAGUAGGAAACACGAAGGGUUUAACCAGCUGCAGCAAAGUCAACACAAGCACUGGGGGAAAGCGGAGGCCCGCAGGGACAACAGCAGAACACAAGGUGCUUUCGUCAGGCAUCAGACCUUUAAUCCCAGAAUGCAACAGACACGCCUUAAGGACAGCAGGUCAGGGGAAACUGCUGACAAAUCCAAGGGGAAGAACUGGUGGGAAGAGGAAGACUGAACUUAAUAAGUUUGCUGAACUGUUGCAUUUCAAAGCAAGAUAUACAUGUUGGCCAAAAUGAUUAGAUGCAUAAAUAAAUGUUAACGAUUUGAACGAUUUGGAAUUGUAUAUUUCCAUCAAUGGGAAGUAUCCAGGUUUUUGAGAAAUAUGCCUCCUCAUCGAAUCAGUUCACUAUUGAUGACUUCACAGGUUUUCCAGGCAAUAAACAGUUUUCUUUUCAUUUGCUAUCGGGACUCCCCUUCCUGGAUUAAGUGUUGAUUGUUUUAUUAAAAAUUGUUCCACAGUUUUCAAUAGACUAUAUGCUAACUUAUGUUCCAGUUCCAAAGUGUGCACCCUAAGUAGUUUAUACAAAAGCUGAAUAAAACUCUGGGAUAUAAUGUUGACAAUGCAUAAAGAACAAAAUAAAAACUUCAGUAUAUUUUGAACACCAACAAAAACAUAUCCUUGCAUAAAUAAAGAUAACUUUCUCUUUCCAAGAAAACCUAUUCUAUUAUUGUCUUGGUAAGUGGUCUUGAACUGUUGAUACAUUGUCAUUUGAACAUUGUGGGUACAUCACAGUGUACAUUUCAGGAAUUGGCUCACCUGUCAGCAUUCUCAGGCAGAAAACCUCACAAUUUCCUUACAGAACAUACAGAAGGUAUCAAAAUAGUACAGAUUGUGUCCCGUGACAAACCAAUGUAACGCCCAUGGCUAACAUUCAAAUUGUUCUAUGAUUAAAGCAAAUUAUUUUGAUUGAGGACAUCCUCAAAAUUACAUUUGCAGUUGUAAACACUUGUGGCAUUGUAAAGUUUCAGUGGAACCGUAAUUUGCAUAUAGUCAUUGUAAAAAUAAGCCUUGCUCUGCUACAGUAGUCUACUGUUUUCUAUUCUGUGCACCAUAGAUUAUUGGAGUUCCAUUUUAUUAUUCCUUGAUAGUAAUUUCAAUUGCACAUACACAAGUUUUUAUCUUGCCUUCUGUCACCAUGAACUAAACAGGCCUCAAUCUGCUCCUACCUGUAGGCUCUGCUGUAGCCCAGGGGGUACAAAUCAUUAAAGUACUUCAUUUUCACCCCCAAAUUGCCUUUUUUCUUUUGCUG